UAUCUUUUGUUGAAAUAUCCAAAUAUUGAAGAAUAACAUUAAAGAAUACUUGAAAUGUUUAAUUGCAACCGGCAAACCGCCUGUGACGUCACACCCGGGCGGCCUCUUUUCGGCAAACUAUAAAGGGAGCCGACACUUUGACGCGCCGCCUUUUCUCUCGCGCGCCGCGCAGUCGAUUACAACGCGCAAAACUUUUCAAAAAAUAUUAACUUUAACUAUGGACCAGGAUAAAAUAAUUACGUAUAAACUAUUGGAGCUGCGUGAGAAGACGGGGUAUGAUAUAGUCCAAGAGAAUGGGCAGAGGAAGUUUGGUCCACCGCCGGGCUGGAGCGGCCCGCCACCGCCGAAGGGCUGCGAAGUCUUCGUCGGUAAACUCCCACGGCAAAUCUUCGAAGACGAGCUGGUUCCGAUCUUCUCCAGGCUUGGGAAGAUCUACGAGAUGAGGCUCAUGAUGGAUUUCAGCGGCUCGAAUCGAGGGUACGCCUUCGUGACGUACACGAGGCGAGAGGAUGCCGCUGCCGCCAUCAGAGAGCUGAACGGGUAUGAGAUCAGACCAGGCCGGCACAUCGGCGUCGUGAAAUCCGUGGACAACUGCAGACUGUUUCUGGGCGGUAUCCCACAAACGAAAACCAAGGAAGAAGUCUACGAAGAGCUCUCGAAGAAAGUCACCGGGAUUGUAGACGUGAUUUUAUACAAGAACUGCUUCGACAGAAGGAAGAACAGGGGGUUUGCGUUCGUGGAGUUUUCUUCGCAUCGCGCGGCAGCCAUGGCUCGUCGGGCGCUCGUGCCGGGCUGCGUGAAGCUGUGGGACCAAGAUGUGAUGCUGGACUGGGCCGAGCCCGAACCUGACAUUGAUGACGAGCUGAUGAAGAAGGUGAAAGUACUAUACGUACGUAAUUUUCUUAUCAGUACAACUCCAGAUACCAUACAAAAUCUGUUUGAAACCACCAUCAAUGCUAAGGUGGAGCGCGUUAAGAAAAUGUAUGACUACGCUUUCAUACAUUUCUUUGAAAGGGAACAAGCUGAACUUGCGAUGGCGAAGUUACAAAGGGCCGAGGUUGAAGGCAGUACGAUAGAAAUUAAAUGGGCUAAGCCCGUUGACAGAGAGUUGUAUAGAAUACAGAAAUCGAAUAAAGGCAAUGCGAAAUUUAAUCAUAAUAUGGACUUGACACAGACUUUGUUGCUUUACAAACAGCACUUUGACAAGAGGGAGUAUGAGAACGGGAAGGAAGAUGAGGGCAUCAGCUCUGGAUGUGCUGCGGACUCUGUUUGUGGGUCUCCGGGAGACGAGGCUUCAAGCUACAGGAGUGUGGCAUUGAAGGAUAACUACAUGUUGGCUCCAGCUAAGCUUGAUGCUAUGUGUAAAACAUAUUCCUGGGCGUCACCGAACUACACCUACCAGCAGUUCGUAGACCCGGCCGGAGCAGUGAUGUGGGUAUGCCAUAUUGAUCUCCCACAAGUGGGCCUGCCGCUGCUGUCUGCGCCUACUCCUGUGGGGCCGUUCGUGACGAGAGCUUGCUUCACCGCGGUACAGGCUAGGGUGGAGGCAGCGGAGAUUGCGCUGCAAUGUAUUAAGGCACUGCGCGCGAACGUCGACCGGUCCACAGCUACCCCUGUACCAGUGUACCCAUCACUAGUACAACCUGUACCAACGUACAACAUGACUUAUGAAUACCCUCUCUACGCUCGACCACCACCCAUGACCGCCACCGUCCCUAGUUUAUACCACAUCUUUGAUAACAUGAGGCUGACAUGAGAUGUUCAGUUUUUUUGGAGGUUCCAUUUUCAAGGUGUAUAAAGAAAUUGCAAUCUUAUUCUGAGCUAAUAAGAUUUAAUUUCACUUAAUACACAUAUGAAAUAUGAACGCGUUGUUGAAUGUUUGACUUAGUUUAUUUUAUAGUUAGUAAGACGAGAUAUUUGUUUGGACUUGACAGUUGAUUACCUUUUGAGAGAUCUCAAUUGUUUUUUUUUUCUGACCUGUUUCGACG